AUGGUCGUUCAAUGCGUUUUGCUGUUCCCAUGGUGUGGAAGGAGCCUACUAAUCACAUUCAACUGCUACUUUAGCAUGACCCCUCCUCUUCAUCAUGGAAUGUCGAAAAAGAAAUUUGAAAUGAAGUCCCCUGACCUUUCUUAUGUUAUACGGCCAAUAUCACGCGGGGACGAAUUCCUGAACACUGACUUGAAUGAGGACGAGGAUAACGAAGAGGAAAAUCCCAUCAGAUGA